AUGCCACCAACCACCUCCAACCCAAGUUUCUCUACAAUACUAACCUGGCUCUUCUACCUCGUUCCCAUCUAUCUCUUCCUCCUUGCACCGGGUCUCCGCAUUCUAUUCCCUUCUUUUUCUUCUUCCCCUACCGCCCAGUCGACCGGCCGGAAAGAUGGCGCCAAUAGUCUUGAAGCGUUUGGAGAGUACUUCGAAGAUUAUGACAAUCUACUGCCUGGACUGAAUACCACGGACGAUAGCUUUAUCAGCCCCGAGGAUCCGGAGUUGCUUGCUCAACUGGAUUGUCGGGAUGAUGAUUAUCGAGUGCAUAUUUUCUCGCGCUCGCCUUUAAUCAUAUAUAUUGAGGAUUUCUUCACGGAUGCCGAGGCUGACCACCUUGUUGCAGUCAGUGAAUCUAAAUGGUCCCCAUCCAGUAUCUACGACGGCAUCUCAGAACGCAUCGACCCAUCCAUCCGCCACUCCGACCGCGCCCUCCUCGACCGCGACGCUGUAGUCCGAUGCGCAGAAGAGCGCGCACGCUCCUUCCAGGGCUGGCGCCCAUUCCUAUAUAUCGAGCGCAUGUGGUCCCAACGCUACAAUACCUCGGGCCAUUACCGGCAUCACUACGACUGGACGGGAAUGGCAGCACACCGCGGCGGCGGCGACCGUAUGAGCACGUUUAUGGUGUAUCUAGAUGGGAACUGUACCGGCGGAGGCACAAAUUUCCCGCAUCUGCGAAAGCCCGGGGAACGGAAGAAGUGGUGCCGGUUCAUCGAAUGUGAUGAUGACGAUGGCAAGUACCAGGGUGUCACGUUCAAGCCAAUCAAGGGCAACGCGAUCUUCUGGGAGAAUUUGCGCGCAGAUGGCUCGGGGUAUCCGGAAACUUGGCAUGCAGCGCUGCCUGUGCUGUCGGGAUCGAAGGUGGGCUUGAAUAUCUGGAGUUGGUAUCAGCCACCUGUUCGCAAGGCGGCCUAA